CCUUCAACCCCUGACUCCCAUUCUCUCUGAACACAUCCCACCACCUGCCCAGUGUCCAUCCAUGGAGGUGAGCACCGUGUCCCCACCUCCCACCUCACCCACAGAAAGAGAUGAUCUCUGUGAGACUGAUGUCACCAGCAUGGCUGUAGACAGUGUCAUGCUGCUCAUCUGCCUCUGUGGUGUGGCCGGGAAUGGGGCUAUCCUCUGCCUCCUCCACAGGAACUCCAUCACACUCUACAUCUUCGACCUAGUCUUUGCUGACUUCCUCUUCCUCCUCCUCAUGGUCCCCUCCACCCUGCUUUACCUGCUGGAGAACAUGUCCUGCUCCAGCAUCAUGCCCCUGACUUACAUCAUGCCCCUGACUUACUUGAGGAUACUUUUCCUGCUGUCACUGCUCCCCUACAACCUCGGGCUGUUCCUGCUGACGGCAAUCAGGUGUACAUCCAUCCUCUGCCCUCUCUGCUACCACAGGCAUCGUCCCCAGCGCCUUUUGGAGGUGGUGAAUGUCCUGCUAUGGGCCCUGUCCGUCAGUUUCAUUGUCACAGUUACCUCUCUGUGCCUCUGCCAGGAGCAUGAGCACUGCCAGGGAGCUCACAUCUCCAUGUACACCAUCAACCUCCGGCUCUUUGCCCCAGCCAUGGUCAUUUCCAGCACAGUCCUCUUCAUUAAGGUCAAGUCUGACCCCCAGCAGCAGCAACCCAAUAACAUCGUUAUCCUCCUCACUGUGCUCUUCUUCCUCCUCUUUGCUCUCCCCCUCAGCCUCUGCAAUUUCCUGCAGCAGCUCGGCUACACUACUGUAUCCUCCCAGGUGUUUUUCCUGCUCACCUGCAUCACAAGCAGCAUCAAACCCUUUAUCUACUUCUUGGUGGGGAGCUGGAGGAGGGACUGCUUCAUGGAGAGCUGCAGGAGGCACUUCUCCAUGCAGUCCCUAAGGAAGGCCCUUCACAGCAUCUUUGGGGAGCCGAAAGAGAACACUGUCCCCAGCAAUGAUGCCACCAUGGACACAGCGUUCUGAGUCUGUGAUCCCUUCCACUGCUCUGCUGAAGGACCCCAAGACAGUGGCUGAGGGAUUCCUUGAGUCACCUGAGCCGGGAACUCUCCCAUUUGCUGCACUCGGAGGAUCCUUGAACGCCCACCGAUCCUGGGCGGAUCUCUCUACUCCUCGAGGCUCGACCCUCUGCCGGCGAGCAGCUGCAAAGGCAUCCAGUGUGAGCAUUACACUGCCUUUGAGGGGAAUUUUUCUCAGGGACCUUGCAGUGACUGUUUGUCUGCGUCCACACACGUGUUCAUAUUUCUUGUUUCAUUGACUGGAUUUUCUUUGUAAAGUUUUUUUCCUGUUGUGCCUGUCUGGUCAGCGCUGGAGUGAACCUGGCCAAUGAGCUCCGUUGCGCUGUCGCU